CUGCCGAGGGCGGGCAGCGCGCACACGGCUCCGCUCCGCGCCCCGCCGCUGCCGGAAAAUGUUCGACGGCUGCCUCCUGCCCCUCGUCUUCCCCUGCCUGCUGCUGCUGGGCGGGACGGACGCCGCCACAGCUGGCGGCGCGGAGCUGGAAGUGGUGAUCCCGGAGCGAGUGGCGCUGGAGAAGAUCCACCUGCUGCCGCCCGCCGGCCGAGGGGAUCGCGGCGGCGGCCCCCGGCGCCGACGGGCGCUGGAGCGGGCGGCGGAGGCCCUGCUGCUGCUGCGCCUGCCCGCCGCCGGCACCGAGCUCUACCUGCAGCUCCGCCGCGACCUCCGCUUCCUCGCCCGGGACUUCGUGGUGGAGCAUCGGCGCGGGGAAGGGCGGCGGGCGCCCGGCCCCCGGCGGCCCUCGGAGGAGCGGCUCUGCUUCUACACGGGACACGUGCUGAACCGCAGCGACUCCUUCGCCUCCCUCAGCACCUGCGCCGGGCUGGUUGGCUAUAUUCAAAUUGGAUCAGAGCAAAUGUUAAUACAACCAGUGAAUACAUCAGAGACCUCAUUUAGUGGAAAAGAACACUUCAUCAGACAUAGGCGCUCCACAAAACCAAGCCAUCCCAUGAAGUCGCACAUUCCUGAUGAGCACUGCAAGGUUGUAGCAGAAAAGAAGAGGCAAAAGAAGAUGAAAUCAACCAGUGACUGGAGGGAGAGAAGAAAUGCUAUUCGGCUUACCAACGAGUACACAGUAGAAACACUGGUGGUGGCAGAUGCUGAUAUGGUCCAAUACCACGGUGCAGAGGCUGCCCAAAGAUUCAUCCUCACAGUUAUGAAUAUGGUGUACAACAUGUUUCAACAUCAAAGUCUUGGAAUUAAAGUCAGCAUUCGAGUGACAAAACUGGUCCUGCUUCGCAAUCGACCUGCAAAGUUGUCUAUUGGGCAUCAUGGAGAGAGGUCUCUGGAGAGCUUUUGCCACUGGCAAAAUGAAGAAUAUGGUGGAGCAAAGUACCUUGGUAACAACCAGGUUCCUGGUGCAAGGGAUGACACCCCUCCUGUGGAUGCUGCUGUAUUUGUAACCAGGACAGAUUUCUGCGUACACAAAGACGAGCCUUGUGACACUGUGGGAAUUGCUUACCUGGGAGGUGUUUGCAGUGCCAAGAGAAAAUGUGUACUUGCUGAAGAUAAUGGUCUCAAUCUGGCAUUUACAAUUGCACAUGAACUUGGGCACAACAUGGGGAUGAGCCAUGAUGACGAUCAUCUGCCCUGUGCAGGGAGGUCCCAUAUUAUGUCUGGAGAAUGGGUCAAGGGCAGGAACCCCAGUGACCUUUCCUGGUCUUCAUGCAGCCGCGAUGACCUUGAAAACUUCCUAAAAUCCAAGGUCAGCACCUGUUUGCUGGUAACAGACCCCCGAAGCCAGUACGCGGUGCGGCUCCCUCACAAGCUGCCUGGAAUGCACUACAGCGCCGAUGAGCAGUGUCAGAUCCUCUUUGGGACCAAUGCUACGUUCUGUAAAAAUAUGGAGCAUUUGAUGUGUGCUGGGCUCUGGUGCCUGGUGGAAGGAGAUACAUCCUGUAAAACAAAGUUGGAUCCCCCUCUGGAUGGCACUGAAUGUGGCGCAGACAAGUGGUGCCGAGCUGGGGAGUGUGUCAGUAAAACUCCCAUCCCUGAGCAUGUUGAUGGAGACUGGAGCAUGUGGAGUCAGUGGAGCAUGUGCAGCCGGACGUGUGGCACAGGAGUGCGAUUCAGACAGCGGAAGUGCGACAAUCCCCCCCCGGGGCCUGGCGGGAAGAACUGCCGUGGAGCCAGCGUGGAGCACACCGUGUGUGAGAACUUGCCCUGCCCCAAAGGUGUGCCGAGCUUCAGGGACCAGCAGUGCCAGGCCCACGACAGAUACACCAACAAGAAGAAAAGCCUCCUGACAGCUGUCAUUGUUGAUGAUAAGCCAUGUGAGCUCUUCUGUUCUCCACUGGGGAAGGAUUCUCCUGUGCUGGUGGCAGACAGAGUCCUUGAUGGUACUCCAUGUGGGCCUUACGAGACUGACCUCUGUGUACAUGGCAAGUGCCAGAAAAUUGGCUGCGAUGGAAUCAUUGGUUCAGCUGCCAAAGAGGAUCGCUGUGGAAUCUGCAGUGGUGAUGGCAAAACCUGUAAAGUGGUGAAAGGCGACUUCAACCACACGAAGGGGAUGGUCACCAAUAGUCAUUGUAAGAAGGUUUCCACAUGUGUGAUGGCAAAGGCAAAGGCUGUUCCCAAGUGUUUCUCGUGUUACAUCGAAGCAGCUGUGAUCCCUGCAGGUGCCCGACGGAUCAGAGUGGUUGAGGACAAACCUGCUCACAGCUUUCUGGCUUUAAAAGAUUCCAGUAAGAGAUCCAUUAACAGCGACUGGAAAAUUGAGCUUCCUGGUGAGUUUCAGAUCGCAGGCACUACUGUCCGGUACGUGCGAAGGGGUCUGUGGGAGAAAAUCUCUGCCAAAGGACCAACUAAAAUACCACUGCACUUGAUGGUGCUGUUAUUUCAUGACCAGAAUUAUGGAAUUCAUUAUGAAUACACCAUUCCUGUAAACUAUACUGCUGAAAACAGAAGCGAGCCAGAAAAGCAACAGGAUUCUUUGUACAUCUGGACGCACAGCGGAUGGGAAGGGUGCAGCGUGCAGUGUGGAGGAGGCGAACGGAAAACAAUUGUGUCCUGUACUCGAAUUAUUAACAAGACCAUGACACUGGUGAAUGACAGUGACUGCCAGCGAGUGAAUCGCCCCGAGCCCCAGGUCAGGAAAUGUAACACACACCCCUGCCAGUCACGGUGGGUGACUGGCCAUUGGAGUCCCUGCUCUGCCACUUGUGAGAAAGGUAUCCAGCACCGGGAGGUGACUUGUGUCUACCAGUUGCAGAAUGGCACCUACGUUAACACGAGAGACCUCUACUGCCUGGGCAACAAACCAGCAACAGUACAGAGCUGUGAAGGACGGGACUGCCUCUCUAUCUGGGAAGCAUCAGAGUGGUCAAAGUGUUCAGCAGACUGUGGCAAAGGGAUCCAGAAAAGAACAGUGACGUGCACAAAUUCUCAAGGAAAGUGUGAUGCAGCCACCAGGCCAAGAGACGAGGAGGAGUGUGAGGAUCACACCGGCUGUUACGAAUGGAAAACAGGCGAUUGGUCUAAGUGCUCCUCAACCUGUGGGAAGGGCCUCCAGUCACGUGUGGUGCAGUGCAUGCACAAAGUCACCGGGCGCCACGGCAGCGAGUGUCCCGUCCUGUCCAAGCCAGCGGCCUACAGGCAGUGCCACCAGGAGGUCUGCAAUGAGAAGAUUAAUGUCAACACAAUUACCUCGCCCAGACUUGCUGCUCUCACGUACAAGUGCACAGGCGACCAGUGGACAGUGUACUGCAGGGUGAUCCGGGAGAAGAACCUGUGCCAAGACAUGCGGUGGUAUCAGCGCUGUUGCCAGACUUGCAGAGACUUUUAUGCAAACAAGAUGCAGCAGAAGAGUUAAUGAACCUGUGCUACUUCUUAGGGUAUUACAGCUAUUCGUAUGUAAGUCACGGACUAGUAGGUCUGAGUACUGGAACUUCAUGAGUUUGCUACAAUGUGGUGGAUUCCAAAGCAUACCUAAUAAGACUUGAAACUAAUUCUACAGACUGGAUACCAAAGUAAUCCACUCAUCCACCUUAAAAAAAUUAAAAAUAAACAUAAAAAGCACACACAAAAACAAAACAAAAGCAGAAAAGAGUCAUCUCAAGGAGCCAAUCAUUUUAUCAUAUCUUGACAUCUUUACCUUUUUCAUUAAUGCUUUUUACUUUAAUAUAUUAAAUCACCAGCCACUGGAUGGCUUGCUACCAUUAAAAAAAAGGACAAGAGUUGCAAGGUUGACUAAGGUUAUGGGUGCCUCCAUGGAGGAAGGCCUCUGGCAAAAUAAAUCAGCAAAGGUAGAGACAUUACUUACCCUUUUAAUCUUGGUUUUCAUCUGAUGUUUUUAAUUCCCAACAGUUAUCCCACUGUGGAGGGGACUUGGAGGGACAUGCAUAAAUUAAAUGCUUAAUUUAAAGAGGGGAUUUGCUGUAAAAAGCUCGUGAAAACUGAUAGCAGAAGAUGGACAUCUCUGAAAUUCCCACAGAAAGCUCAGUACAGUUAUAUCCAACAUUCCAAGUCAUAUUUUUUAGAGCAACUAAGGACUGCUCUUCUUUCCAAUUCUAAAAAACAAUCCUCUCUCUUUUCCCCAAAAUAAUAUAGUUUCUUUUUUGAAGCCUAAUUUAUGAGCUUAAUGAAAUGGAAGCUUAUUAACAGCAGUAGGUAGUAAUUUUUACGCAAAAACCGUACACAGCAAGGUGGAAAAAGCCAGAAAUCAUUUCAUCCAGCAGAGCUUAGUGGGGGAUCGCUUGCUCUAAUCUCUCUCCAGUUUUUAGAAGGCAAUCAGAUAAUGAGACAAUGUUUUUCUGUUUGUUUGUUUUUUUUUAAGAGGACCAUGAAACUGGAUAGCAUUGGUACAGAAACAGGCCUUGGAACAACAUUUGAAGGAUGGACUGGAGAGCAGAACAGGUGUUUCCUGUCUCUUGGCUCUUGUAUACAGCUGAGAUUAUGUAGCAUUUUGAGUCAAAAGUGCUAUAAGCAAUACAAGACAUUCAAGAUGAGACCUUGAGCUUGUUGAAGCCCUAAGGCCAAGACUUCUAUUGCCUUCAGUAAGGGUUAGGAUUUUGCUCACUGUAUUUUAAUGCUUUCUGCCUUAAUUUUGUGGUGCUGUCAGGUUUGGUGCUGUUGGAUUGGUGCUAUCAGAGCACUUCGAAAGUGCUGCAUAUAUGAUAUUCUCUUCCAUGUGUCUGCACUUUAAACCAGACUCCUCUCUGAUAUGCGAGACUUGAAACAGGAGCUCUACCCAGGGCAGAGUUUGUCCCCUCUGUUAGCCCUACAGACCAAUGUCUCUCUAUCACAUCUUGCUCCAGCACGUAUCAUUUCCCUUGCCAGGCUCUAAGGCCAGUUGUGCAGUGGUUAAGUUACAGCUCGCUCUUCACAAUACGAACAGAGCCUUUUGGAUGAAUUGCAGCUUUGUACUCGCUCUAGAACUGUGUGUUACUGUUUUAUUCCUCGGAGAUGAGUGCAGAACUAAGCCCAGCUAUUACCCCAGCCCCUGGGCCGCUCAGAAUUGCAGCUCACACCUGUCCUCAAGUUGUCUUUGUUGCUGUUGUCUCCUUUCAAUGCAAGGAGGGAUAAAGACUCUUAGUACCUAACGUAUCUUUAAAGCAACUCCUUCUUCCUUAUUUCAAUACUCAGAAUCUCACUGGAAUAACUCAUUAGCGUUUUACCAACAGCUUUUUCAAGCACGGAGAACUAAUAUCCAUCAACAGACUAAUACUGCGUGGGCUUCACAUUCGCAUCUGUGCUUAUGAGUGCGACUGAGCACGUGUGCAAACAAGGGUUUGCCUGUAUGCACAAAGCCACGUUUGCACACAAUUUUUUCCCAAGUGCCUGUCACAAACAGAUCUGCUUUCCUGUUCCCCAGAUGAUUUUCUCUAUUAGGGAAAUGAUUCUAACUUGUUUUUGUUAAUACUGGAUGUUCUUUUGGCAUCUGAUUGUCAGGAUCAGACCUCCUUCUUCUGUUCUUCCCACCCUGUAGCCCAAGUGCAGAGGUUGUGUAGCUACUUAGCAAGCAAGCAAUGGAAAAUGUUGUGAGAGGGGUGACAUGGAAGGUUUUUGCAAUACCACAAUGGUGUCGGGUUAGGCAAAUUUAUAGGUAGAUGUACUGCUAAUGAGAAAGUUCCAAGAGAGCAGACAAAGCCAAGAAAACCUAAUUUAUAUUGAUAUUUUAUAGCAGUAGUUUCCCCUCUUGCCUGCUGUCAUAAGCUGCGGUAACACAGCCCUGCUGCACAGCGGGACGGUGACUGUCCUUCCUGCCUCCCCAUCGCCACAGGCACCUCGCAGCAUCGUGGCUGAGCUGGCUCUCCUCACAUCCUUCAUUUGGUUUGGAGUUUUUCUUUUAAUGGGCAACAUUUGCCCGUGAAUUGGCCUGAACUGAUGAAAUGCCACCCCCUCGCUGAUCUUUUUUUGGCAUUGCUAACAUUUACAUUGGCCUGUUGAAGGAUUUGCCGCUGGGCUUCUCUGUUUUCUUGGAAUAAUAGUUUGUGCGUUUGUUAUUAAUGGGAAUCAAAGGUGUUUGAAUUAAUUUUUAAAUAUCAGGGGUUAUUUUUCCUUCUGGUGCUGAUCUGUCACCCUGUCUAGGCAGUAGGUGAGCUCCUAGAAAGGUGCAUAGGUGAGGAAGGAUUUUAAUUAUUUUUUUCCACAAAUAAUUCAUGGUGGCUACGUAGACUUGAGGCCUGUCCCAGUACACUUGGUCCUGGAUUUUAAAGGACAUUUGGUCCCAAGUUCUGGGUCCUACCUAAGGAAAUAUGAACUUAGAAGGAAUUCUUCUGAAUAUCUGAGCACUGAAAACCACCUCACUUGCUCUCACAGUCCACAGAUUAGUAUGCAUCAACCUUUUUUUAAUAAUCAGAAACCAACUUUGAUUAAAAACUGAUGGCACAACACAGCUCCAUUUUAUAACAUUCUCUUGCUUUAUCUGGUGACAACCCUCCCAUUUUAUAAUAACCAGAAAAAUCAAGAAAAAAGAGUUCAAUUCUGUUCGAUACUCAUGCACUUCUGUUUUGUAUCAUUUUAUAGGAGCUUUACUAUGAAUUUACAGCUAUGCUCUGCCCUCAGUUACUCCAUCCUGGUGAUAGGAAAGCUGUUUGUUUCGGUGUAUCUAUGACAAUACAUUUUUUUUUAGUUGUUGUUCGUAAAAGAUUGACACUCUUUAGAUUACAGUGGUGGUAUUUCCAUAUUGUAAACAAUACUCUGUACUGUUACUAAAGUACUGUACAUUUCUAGUUGCACAAUUGUGUUAUUGAGUGUAGAUUCUCACUAUCUCAUGUAUGGUGCUAAUUUUGUUGGUGGAGAAGAAUCUUAGCAGUCGAUUAUUGCUUGAUAUUUUAUUAUAAUACAGGGAUAUAUCCUCCAUGGCAAUAAUAUCAUUUAAGUUUUUCAUUACAGAGUGAAAUGUAUAUAUUUUUCCAUUAGUUAAUUUGCAUAUGUACUGUAUCCAUGGUAAUUUUCUUCUUGGUGCUGGUUAUAAAUAGAAAAGAUAAAAACAGUCAAACUGAAUGGAACCAGUUGUAAAUGAAAACAAAAAAAAAAAAAAGAAAAGAGGAUCAUACCAUUCUGAAAAAAAGAAAUGAGUAUGUUGAAUAAUAAAUUUAUUUUUUCCAUAACAACUUUAAUAAGGUUUCCGAACUUAAAAAAAAAUAAUAAUAAUACAAAGCAAAUCAAACAGCUAACAUGAAAAUUAAGAGCAGGGACUGAAGCUGUAAGCAGUACAUCAUGCAUCUGUCUAAUACUGGACUGAGACUGGGAAAAUUGGUUAAGUCUAGGCCAACUGUUUGGUAGCUGUGGUAGGUGUAAAAAGCCAUUUGUCAGCAAAAGUCUGGCAUCCUCUUGUUCCUGGUGUGCUAACAAAGCAAGAAAUUACGGGUCUUGUCCCGACCGGGUUGCAAAAUAAAGCGCAGGGAAUGUUGAUACCUGCUUAUUGUCUAGCAAGGUCUGUGGUCAGUGACACAACAGCAGAAAAUGCCUGUGUGGGGAAAACGAGCCAGGCUCCGUUUGGGGUAUCGCUGGGUAUGGCUGAGCAGGCUGCGGGGAACCUAAAGCUUACGCGUGGAGGGAGAGACAUUUUGCAAGUGCUUUUGGGAGAGGUUGCUUUCAAUAUAUGUUGGAGCUGAGAUGAAGUGGCAGCUAGCUGUGUGUUUAAUGGUAGCUGCUCCAUGGGCGCAACCUGAUAACGAAGGCUGCUGAGCAUGUGGAAAUUUAUAUUGGAGCUAAACUAUUCCAUUCCUUGGAACGGUAUCUACAUAACCUAGCUGCACACUGCUCUGGUGUGAAAUAAACAGAAUUACUUCAGUG